CUAGUGACUCGCAGAAGCUGUUGUGAGCCUGCCCUCAGCCAAAAAUUGCGUUUUGUCAGGCGAGUGGGGAGUGGAGGCCCGUGGCGGGCACUAUCUGCAGGGCCGAACUCUUUACCAAAUUUAGUCUUUGUCCAGCCCUAAAGGUUGGGGCCCGCCGCGGAUCUUCGCCAGACACUGCCGUCGACCCCCGCCGCUGCUUCCUUUUUUGUCAUUUCCACGUUUAAAACCGUCUAAUCCAGGAUAAAAGGUGUUCGGUUUACUCAAAAAUGUCUUACUGAGUCCGCCUCAAUAUAUAUUUUUGUUUACAUAUCCUUUAAUUCUGAGUAUUUUCGUUUCUUCAAACUACUACCGACCAUGGUCAGAACGCCAGACCCAGCGUCCGUUCCCGAGCCGAAGGCAUUUCUAGUUCUCCUGGUUUUGUUGUGGCCCAAGUGGCCUGCGACUGUGACUAUUUGUUUUUCAUUGCAAGCGUUACAUUUUGUCAUUUUGUCACAAUGAGCAAAUACACCUAUUCUACCGCGAACCUCACCGACAUAGAACUGAAGGAGCAAGGCAAUAGAUUGUUCGAACAGAGGAAAUAUGACGAUGCCGUCAGCUGCUACACCAAAGCCAUUAUCAAGAACCCCACCAUGGCAACAUACUUCACAAACCGUGCGCUGUGUCAUCUCAAAUUAAAACGCUGGGAAGCUGCUUGUCAGGAUAGCCGCAGAGCCCUAGAUGUGGACUCGGCCCUUGUCAAAGGGCAUUUUUUCCUCGGACAAGCUCUUUCAGAAAUGGAAAAUUAUGAUGAAGCUAUCAAACAUUUACAGAGAGCGAAUGACUUAGCUAAAGAACAAAAACUUAAUUUUGGAGAUGAAAUAGCAAGCCAAUUGCGUUCAGCCCGGAAAAAACGCUGGAACCUGAAAGAAGAAAAAAGAAUUGCACAAGAAAUUGAAUUAUUGGCUUAUCUAAAUCGGCUAAUGGCAGAAGACACUGAAAGAGAAGUGGAGAAAGUUCGCAAUACUCCUGGUCUGUUGGAAGCUGAAGUGCAAAGUAAAAUUGAAGAUCUAGAACGACAGUGUGAAAACAACACCAGUGAGUUACAUUCCUUGUUUUCAAAGGUGGAUGAACGGCGCCGGAAACGUGAGGUGCCAGACCAUUUGUGUGGAAAAAUCAGUUUCGAAAUACUUAGUGAACCAGUGAUAACACCUAGUGGAAUAACCUAUGAAAGGAAAGAUAUUGAAGAGCAUCUGCAGAGAGUUGGACAUUUUGAUCCUGUCACAAGAGUAAAGCUUACACAGGAUCAACUAAUUCCAAAUUUUGUAAUGAAGGAAGUUGUUGAUUCUUUCCUGCAGGAAAAUGAAUGGGCAAUUGAUUACUAAAUAACUUAAAGAUUUAUAAAAUUGUGUAUGAUUAAGUGACAAGUAAGGUUUACUUGCUGGCCUCUGCUGUGAUACAUUGGUUUUUUAUUUUAUUCUAAGUAUAAUUAAACCAAUUUCAUUGCGUGUUACCCUCUCAUGCUUAAGAUGAACCACAUAUCGGGGUAUAAAAGUUUCUUUGCUAUCAAUUUCGAUUUCAUGCAUGUGCGUUGGCUGUGUCAUUUUGUAACUACAAUAGACCCCUCAUGCUGAGCAAGUUCUGCACACAUACCCUGUCUCAUUUAACAUUCAUUCACCUAAUAUGGUAUUGUAACUUGCUUUGUUUUCAAAUCCUCUGCAGCCUGCUGACUGCUUUGCAGUGUUUGAAUAGUUGUGCUUGGAUACUGUAUCCUAUUUAUUGCAAUUUCUUGCUUUCAUUUUUUUCUUUCCUUCAUGGUUUAUAAUUUUUAUGUAAGAUGCAACUGUUGCCAUAAGUAUUUUCAUUAGUUGAUGGUUUGCUUACGCAAACUGGAAAUUUUAUAACCACAAAAAUGCAAAACUCGUCAGUUUCAUAAUUGUUUGAGCAAGAACUAGGUAAGUUAAGGUUUGAAGAAAAUAUCAUAACAUUAUGACAAACCUAGAAUGAAGACUGUCACUGUCACUGUUUGGUAUUUCUUCAGUGACCUUAAACUACUUCCGAUGUAACUCUACUCAACUUUUUAAAACAGCAUCUUUGCCCAUUGCCUAAAAAUGAGAUGACAACUUGGAAGGGCAGAGGCAUUUUGAUUGAGGAAUGUAGGUACCUCCAAAGUGUUCUAAAGAAAUAAGUUUUUGUGUUUUAACAUUAUGUUCCAAAUAAAUAGAAGUUAUUAUGUUUCAUCGUUUAUGAACAAAUAUCAAUUAAACUAAGAGCUUAGCCUAGUGUAGGAAAUUUAUCUUAUCAAGUUUCCACUUCACAUUAACUUAAUAACAAUACUAAGUUCAUCAUGUUUCUAGUAGCCAGCCACUUUUAUCUCUGGGACUUUCAGUUCCAGUCUGGGCACAGGGAACAUCUACGCACAUGAUUCUGUUCUAACCAAGUACCGACAAAAGAAGAGAAAGCAAAGAGUGUUAAGUUUCUUUAUCCUCACUGUAUAUUUCAGCCACCACAUGCUACAACUGUGUCUAGUUCAUUCAGGUGCCGGGUUGAGACUUUUCCAUGUUAUAUAAUGUGCUCCAUUAAUGUUGCAUGUGAAGCUUCUCUGGUUAUAUUUUAAGCUAUGGAUUCUCUCAACCUCCCUCUCUCCAAAGUUGUUUUGAAUCUUUUCCAUAAUUUUUACUUUUUAUUGUACUUUUGGAGGUGAUUCCUUUGUAAGUAUAUUUUAUAAAUGGAACAUGUUUUUAAGUGGAUCUUAACUAUAGCAUUAUGUUAGUGUGUUAAAGAAACUGUUGGGAACCAACAGCCCAUGAUGCUGAUAAAGCUUGCAGCUUAAGUACUGUAAGUUUAUUGAAAAGCAAAAAAAA